AUGUUUUGGGUACUCUGUCUUACUAUAGCUGCAACAGCUACUGCCAGAAGCUGUGGUAGAAUGACAACGAUGAAAAACCUUGUCACCUUUGGAGACAGUGUAACAGAUGACGGCCGCAUAGCCUAUUUUCAAGAGCAUAUGCAAUUCCAUUCUCCAGGAACUAUUGUCCCGAUAGCCCAAGAGGCGGCGACUGGUGGCGCAACCUGGGGCCGUCUUGUUGCGAAUAUCACCGGAGCCAACUACAACAACUAUGCAUUCUCUGGCGCUACAUGUUCCAAGGACAUCGUUGAAAGAUAUGUACCUGGACUCGGAAUUGCUUUUCCUACGAUAUUAGAACAGGAAAUCCCCGCAUUCGAGGCAGAUCUUGGAUUCGACACGCUCUAUCCCAACAGAGAGGCCGAUAAUACCGUCUACGCAAUCAUGAUUGGAGCCAACGAUCUUGGAAUAUCAGGAUAUCUUUCAGACUCGCAGGCCCCUGGAUCAACAGUCCAGAGAUUCGUCGACUGUGUUUGGGACGUUCUCGACAAAUUGUAUGCCUCGGGUGGACGGUUUUUCGUUGUCAUGAAUGUCAUGCCGCUGGAGAUAACGCCUCUAUACAAGUCUGUCGGCAAAGGAGGUCUGGAGUUCAGCACCCUAUUUCCAACCAAGCCCGAUAUUAAUAGUACUCUUUAUGAGCAACGGAUUUUUCAGUCCACCUCAAGCGCCAACGAUCUCUUUAGCAUUGGGGGACCAUUCCAUUUGAAACCCAAGAACCGCUGGCCUGGGGCUACAUUGGCAAUUUUUGAUACAAACCGACUUUUGAAGGAUAUUCAUGCAAACCCAGAGAGGUUUCUCGGGCCUCGGGCCAAUGUUGAUGGGGUCUACCAGUUCUGUCAAUCCUCCGAUGUUGCCAGCUGCACCAGGGCUUCAGAGCCUAAAUCUAACUUCAUGUGGUUUGAUGAGCUCCAUCCUUCAGAACGUACCUCCGAGAUCAUUGCUCAAAGCUUCAUUGAUACUAUCCAAGGUAACUCCUCUUAUGCCACUUACUGGCUGUAA